AUGGGAGCACUCGAGUUCAUCUGCGAUCGAAGGUUUCACCGCAGUUUCGUGGUUCCCGCGAACCCCGAGUCCAACACAUCCAAACCCUACCAUGUGUCUUACUCCGAUUUUGGCGACGCCGACAGCAAAGCAAUCGUCUUAUUCUGUGGAGCUCUGUUCGGUCAGCGCUUAUGUUACGCACCCUUGGACCAAUUAGCAAAGGCCCACCAUGUCAGAAUCAUCCAUCCGGAUCGACCUGGCGUUGGUGGUAGUGAAGCUGUGGAGCCUGAGAAGCGUGUACAGACCUGGCUGGAAAUGGCCCCCAAGCUUCUGGCGCAUUUGAACAUCUCGCAUGUUUCGAUUGCUAGUCACAGUGGAGGCGACAUCUACCUCAUGAACUUUAUUCUCGCCUACCCACAUCUGUUGAAUCCCAAUCAUCCAUAUGUCGCUUUCUUUGCUCCAUGGGUCCAUUACUCGCAUUCGAAGAUGACGCAUCUACAGGCUACUGAGCUUCUCCCUGCUUCGUGGAUAGGAAAGUUUGGCUCAAUCGGUAGAUUCGUCAACCAAAAUAUCAUUCCAGUGAUCGGCUUGAGUGGCGCAUUCGUGAAAGGGAUUUCCGCGCCACUUUCGCGUUCAGAUCCCACAACAGCUCCCGUUGCACUCACAGUGUCUGGGGCUGUCGACUCUGGAAGGCCAGAGGAUGGUCCUCCCGACGUUUUCCAGGACAUCGCACUUGACGAUCCAAAGGCCGUGGAUGACUUGCGAGAUCACAUCACCAAGUUCGUCUUCGCCGAAAAUGUGGACGGUGUCUCGGCAGACACCCAGUUGUUCCUAAAGCGCUCUGUUCCAUGGAGUACACCCAUUGUCGAGUGGAAAGAUCUCGAUGAUGCUGUGCAGCUUCUUUCGAAGACAAUUGCUGAAGAUGAUCGACUGGCAGGCAGUAACAGGGUCUGGUCUAUCGACUGCUUUCAUGGUGAGCACGACCAAUUGGUUGGUGACAAAGGGAGGGAUUGGUUCAAUGCCAUCUGGACGCCGAGCCAGAGCUAUCAGUAUCGGCCCUUAGUCAUUGAAGGCACUGAGCAUGAUUUCUUGAUGGAUCCAAUUUUCGGCGCGAGCGAACAAUGGCUGCAGCGGGUCAGCGAGUCCUGGCAAACUUCACAGCCUGACGCAGCGGCUCCUUAG